AUGCCAACAAAUAUUGAGAAAGCAAAGCGCGAACUAACAACAAUUUGGCGUCAAGUUAGCGGCGGCAAUGAACAGGAGGAAAAGAUUAUUCGAGAAUUUGAGACAGACUAUGAAUCAAAGCCAUCUGUUUGGUGGUAUUCAAAAUAUUACUUUUUGUACAGUACACUGAACAAAGCACUGAGAGAACACAACAUCGAUAUGAUAUUUGCAAUGAGAUUUUUUCUCGUUGAUUUACUACGGCAACUACAAGGUCUACACGGAAACUCCCAUCAUAACUCUACAAAUGAACAAAUCCAUUUCGUCUACAGAGGCCAAAGUAUGUCGCCGAAAGAACUUAAUGUGAUUCGAGCAAGUCAAGGUAAACUGGUCACAUUUAAUAGUUUUGUCUCUGCUACAGCCAAUCUAAAAGUAGCAAGUGCAUUUGCUGCCUCUUGUGAUCCCGUAUUGCCUCACGUUCUCUUGGAAUUUAAAAUUGAUACGUCUCUCUCGGGGACAAAAUCAUACGCAAAUAUUUCAGCCUACAGUAAUCAUCCAGAUGAAGAAGAAGUAUUGAUCAUGCUAGGAUUAAUCUUUCGCAUUGACAAAGUGGAGUACGCCGAAGAUGAGAAACGGUGGGAAGUAAAAUUAUCUUUACGUAGCGAAAAUGACUUUGAACUGAAAGACUUGGUUAAACAGAUGAAAGAUGAAGUUGGAGAUCAAAUUGUUUCACUUGGCUUUUUACUCUAUAGACAAGGUGAAUACGAAAAGGCAAAGCAAUUUUUCGAACGACUUUUGGUUGAAGAAAAAUAUCUGAGUAUUAUUGAUAUAGCUCAGUGUUCUGUUGGACUUGGAGUAGUGACCUUAGAGAUGAAUCUAUACGACGCAGCAUUGAAGCAUUUACGGAUUGCACUUUCAUUAUGGGAGACACUUAGAGAUAAUGUGGAGAUCAAGGGAGUUAGAGAGGCAAUAGCAGGAGCCUACUAUGCAAUCGGCCUGGUUCAAUUGCAGAAAAACGAACCUGAACUUGCUCUUUCAAUGCAAAAAAUGGCGCUUGACAUUUAUUUCCCUUUAAAUCAUCCUCGACUAUCGAACGUGUAUCAAGCAAUUGCCAGUAUCUACUUCAACAAAAAUAAGUUUACUAAGGCGAUUCAUUACUAUAAAAAAUCAAUUGAAGUCAACCGUAAAAAUAAUCUCCCUGGUAAUCAUUCUAAUUUUGGAAAUAAUUACAUGAAUAUGGGAAAAGCAUAUGCAAUGAUUUACAAGAUCAAUCAAGCCUAUACGUGUUUGACAAAAGCAGAUAACAUUUUCAUAAAGUCAUUACCGCCGAAGCACCCAAGUAUUUUAAAGGCAAAAGGGAGUAUGGCAGCCAUGCGAGAGAUGUUAACACUCCUCGAAGACUAUAACCUUACUGAAGACCAUUUGCCAAUCCUUAUUGAUCACAUGCAAAUUUUCUUGCCAGAACUCAUACAGCCGCUAACAUCAUACCUUAACUUUUAA